CGUGCAGCGCGGGGCGGAUGGCGUGCCGCGCGUGGUGGGGUGGGAGACCUUCGAGUGGUCCAUCCCCAAGGGCAAGCGCGGGGGUGCGUACCGCUCCUUCUGCACUGACAUGGCCGGGUUUGCGUUCAGCACUCGUCUGCUGUGGACACGCCUGACCUCUAUCCCCGGCUAUCCCCGCCACCCCAUUCGCUUCCAGCCCAUCUGGGGCGGCUACCUGGAAACCACGUUUCUCUCGCGCCUGCUGCCGUCACCAGCAUACCUGCAGCCCAUAGCCCGGGACGCCACGGACGUGUUUGUGUGGCACAUGCACGCCGAGGCAGAGAAGACCUUCCAGUACCCCGCCAAGGCAUGGACUCUCCCCCAGCCCGAACCUGAGCGCCUGGUUCGGGUGGCGCAGGAGGGCUCUGGGUGGCCGUAUAUUGUGGACGGCCAGAGGUACGGGUUUGAGGAUAAGAAGGAGCCGUGGCCGCGGUUUGGGUAUCGAGCGGGCCUGAUGCCUCGCAAUGGGACAGCGCCACCACCCGUCAAACGCGCCCAGAAGGAUCAAUUCUCGUAUAAGGAUUGAGAUGAGAGUGGCGUAGGAUAGGCUAGCCAUAGGUUGAUGGUAGAUUAGUACUGUUCAAUGGCAAGCCGUGUCGGGUAUGUAAAAAUAAUGAGGUGAGGGAAGCUAGUUUGGGUGUGACCUUGCAUUCGUUUCUCAUUUGC